ACAUAUGACGGGUAAUAAUAAAAAAUAAACAUAAUUUUUUUAUUUUUGUUCGCAAAGUGUAAUUUUUGUGUUUGUGUUUUAAUAAUGGCCGAGGAAAUUGAUGAUAAUGGCUUUUAUCGCGAAGAUUUUAGUGCUGAAUCCGAUUGGGAAAUAUUCAAUGCCCAAUUGUGUGAGCUAUUCCAAAAAUGGGAGUUGUCAAACAGUGACUGGGGACGCAAAUUUCAGCCAAAUGAAUUGUUUCAAUGCAAUUGGAAAAUUGACGAGGAACUGUUGGAUGUAAAGGGUAACCAUGUGGCAGUGGCUUAUUAUCGAGCCGAUUUGAAGCCAUUAGAAAGAGGAAAAACUAAGGGAAUGAUUAGUGGCACCACAGUUAGUGAGACACCCAUGCAUGAAGACUUACUGUCGCUAAAUAAUACUUUCGGUCCGGCGGUUUUGGAUGAAAAGACCAGACACAUACACUGGUUGGCGAGAUUUUAUGGUCUCAGACGUUUUGUGGUUUUAAAUCCACAUAGUGAGCAAAAUAGUUUUAUUACCAAACGUUCCGAAUUUAGUUUUUACUUCAGUGCCCUGUCAGUAGUGGCAGGAGAAAUUUGUGCCGCUGUACCCAUGUUUGUGCAAAUCUAUGAUCAAAAAUGGAAUUUCUUUUUGGGUCUAGGCAUAACCUCUUAUAUGCGCACUAAUUUUGAUUUGGUGGCCUUGGAACAACCACCACAGGAUUAUUGCUAUUUAUCGGGUUUGCUAGCAAUGUUUAAAGAAAAAUUGCCCAAACAUUGCAAACAGCCAGCUUUGGUAUCGGUACGUACAACGUAUGCAUUGGAUACGGUGAAAAUACGUGUACCCAUGUAUGUGCCAUUUGGCAUGACUCCCCUAGUAGAUGAGGAUCGUUCGGUUAUUAGUCUAUCCUAUUUUACGGCUUUGCCUCAUGGCUAUUUCCCCGACUCCCACACAAAAAUAUUUGCCAUUUUCACCUGGCCUGAGUUGACUGACAAUAUGGUUAUUGAUUCUGCCAUUCAAACACAAUUUGUACCAACUAAGGCACCUGGAGGUGCCAUACAUCAAGUGGUAAAUGCCAACUCGUACUUGACUUCAUGCAUUAAACAUUUUCACAAUUUAAUAACCGCUAAGAAUAUGCUGGAAUCCUAUGUGGGCCGUAACUUUACGGGAACAUUGUCUCCCUCCGAGUUAGCCAAUCCUUUGGAGCAAUUAACCAAGCCGCAUUUGGGCAAAUUCCAGGCCUAUCGUCAAAUGAAACGUAGCGAUGAAAGUGGUCAACAGUCACCGGCUUUAAAAAAACUACCCGGUCCUAUGCAUGAACAUGAACUCAAUCAAAUGUUGUACUAUUUAUUUCCCGAUUUACAUCCCGAUGUGGCUUUGUUUCCCUACGAAACCAGUGAUUUGUUUAAGGAUCCUCAUCGCAUUAAAUCGGCGGUGGCAGAUUCAUUGGUUCAUCGUUUGAGUUGCUUACUAGCCACCUGUAAUGCUCAUUUUGGUGGUAAAAGUGGUUUGGCUCAAUUAUGGGCUACUUUUACCCGAGAAUUACGUUUACUUUGGGAUUGUUGUAUUAUCAUACCGGGGGUGGCUAGUGGAUUUCCCGAUACCAGAACUUGUCUUUUACAUCAGAAAUUGCAAAUGUUGAAUGUCUGCAUAGAGCGUAGAUUGCAGCGCGAACAGGGCGUUAGCAAAGUGUCAAAGCCUCAAUGGUCUGACACCUCAGUUUAUGAUAGCGAUAAGGAGGAGAAAGAAGACGAUAAUGAUACUGAGGAAGAAUUUUACGAUUGUGAUGAAGAUGAAGCCAAUCGUUCACUAUCACCGGUUAAAGGUGUUGAGGCUACGAAACCAGAAGGACGUCUAAAACGUUUGCGUGACUUAAAAUUAUUAGAUUCUGAAGAAUAUUUAUAUGUGCCCAUUACCCAAGAGCCCGUACCCAAGACUGAAGAUCAAUUGCAAGAUGAUGCCGAUGUUAUGUUAAAGUUGGGAACCUCUUCGGAUCAUGUUACUGCCAUGAUGUGCUCUACUUUACAAUCGGAUGCUGAAGCUUUUAAGGCUGCUAAUUUAAAUGCUUGUUUUGAAGACUUUAUUCGUUGGUAUAGUCCCAACGAUUGGGAGGAGUAUUUAGAUGAUCAGGGUGAUAAACAGCAUAGGUUAAGUGCUCGCAUGAGAGCUGAGGGUAAUACUUGGCAAACGGUGUGGGAGGAGGCAAAACCAGUACCGGUAUCGAGACAAAAACGUUUAUUCGAUGAUACCAAUGAAGCUUACAAGGUCCUAAACUAUUUGGAAACUCGUAAUAUUGGUGAAAUUUAUGGUCUCACCAUAGUGCCCCUACUGCACAGCACUAUACUGAAAUUAAAGAAUAUUUUCACCAAUUCCCAUGUCUUGGAACUAUUUGCCGAAUCCCUAGAUGACAUUUUAGCUGAACUCAGUCGUUUCUCACGCGACAUAGAAGUCGUGGCCGGAUCACCCUCCUCCACUUCCUCAACUACUUCUAAUAAUGAAACUAAUUACGUUUUACAAUUGCCCAAUCCUGCAGGCAUAACCAAAAAGAUAGAACAAUUGGAAAUGCAAUACUAUCAAUAUGAAUGCUUUAAACAAAUGCCGCAAUUACGGAACAUGGAUGUUAAGCAAAUACAAAAGAAAUUUAUGGAAAUAUUAAAAAAUCAAGGAAGUUGUACUAUAACACCCAGACACUUUAAAGAAGGUGAAGUUAUCGAUAAGACAGCCGAGGUAGAAGAAUGUUUAAUGUCUUCGUUUAAGCAUGACAUGCAAGAGAGACUUUUAAGCAAGGAUUAUGUUAUACGCAUAGGAGAGGGCUUAACGAAAACCAAUGAAACAGAGAGAGAUAAUGAGAAUGCUAAAACAGUAAUGCCGCAAUUCUUGAGAGCUGUUGUAACGGGAGAAAAGUUGCGUUUGUGUGGAGCUUUUACAGAAAACACCACAUUUUUGGAUUAAGGAUCGAGGCAAAAUAUUAUAUUUAUACAGCAUUUAAUGCAUAUUAAGGGUUUUGGUGUGAUUUCAUAUUUAUUAACUAAACUAAAUAAUCUCUCUAUUAAAUUAUUAUAAUCAAAAAAAAAAAAAAAAAAAAAAAAAAAAAAAAAAUA